AUGGAACGCUCAAAGUUGCAUUUUCGACACUUAUUACUUUUAAUGUUUGAUUUGAAAAAAUCUGCUGCCAAAACCUACCAAACACUUUUAAAAGCUUAUGGUGAUGCUGCUUCAUCAUAUCCCAAGUAUCGAUUCUGGUUUCAAAGAUUUAAAAAUGGUAAUUUUAAUGUGAACGACAAAGAACGCGGACCAAAAAAGUUUGAAGACGGUGAACUGCAAGCUCUAUUGGACGAAAACUCAGCUCAAACUUUAAAGGAACUUUCAAACAACUUAGAAGUUUAUGAAUCAACUGUUUCAAGACGUUUGUAUCCGAUGGGAAAGAUCCAAAAGGAGGGUAAAUGGCUACCACACGAAUUGUUCGAAAAUGCCAUUUCGAACCGAUUCAACAUCGUGGUUUCAUUGCUUGCCAGGCAAAAAAAAAAGGUUUUUUGUAGCGUAUUGUGACUGGGGUUGAAAAUUGGAUUUAUUACAAUAAUCCCAAGUGCAAAAAGUCAUGGGUUAAUCCAGGAGAACCAUCCACAUCGACACCGAAACGUAAUAUCCAUGGGCAUAAAGUCUUGCUUUGCAUAUGGUGGGAUCAGCAAAGUAUAGUAUAUUACGAGCUGCUCAAACCAAGUGAAACAGUUACUGCAGAUGUGUAUCGAUGACAACUGAACAAAUUAAACGGUUGUUUGUUGCAAAAAAGAACUGCAAUAUCAACUAAUAAACACAAAGUCAUUUUCUUGCAUGACAAGGCUCGACCACACGUUGCAAAAGUGGUAAAAGAUACACUGUUACAGCUAGAAUGGGAAGUUUUGCCGUAUCCAGCGUACUCACCAGACAUUGCACCUUCUAAUUACCACCUGCUCAGAUCGAUGCAACAUGGAUUGGUUGGCACAUGA